ACCAUUAAGCAUUUAUAUCAUCUUAACUUUAUUCAAUUUGAAAAUAAUUUAUCAUUAUUUAAUUUGGAUUAAUUGUAUUUAACAUUUAUCCUUUUGGAUUCGGGGUUAGUGACCGUAGCUACAAAUUCAUACUACUGGCGCACUUUUGGACGUUUUAAUAACACUGUUAGAUCAUAUCAGAUGCGUUUAAUCAUAGCAUAAACGGUAAACUAUCAGUUAUAAUGGAAAGCGUUAAUGUGUCUAUUGGGCAUGCCCUCGUCAAGGCCUUUGACGGCCAAACCGUUGUUUGUGAUAUUGCCGGUCAUGAAACAAUAUUUGAUUUGAAGAAAAAAUUGUGCAAAUUGUUCAAUUUGGAUGAGUUCUUGAGUCAGUCAUUGUUGUUAAAUCUCUCCGAGCCAAAUGAUGACACCACAGUUGUCGAUUUGCUGGACGAAGAUGGUGUAGUAUCUCUUCAUCAUCACAUAGAUCUUUCUGGUGGUGCUAAGAAACGCAAGAAGAAGCAAUACACCACUCCAAAGAAGAUCAAACAUAAGAAGAAGAAGGUUAAGCUCGCUGUUUUGAAGUUCUACAAGGUUGAAGGAGACAAGGUUGUAAGACUUCUUAAGGAAUGUCCAUCCGAGUCCUGCGGUAGCGGUGUUUUCAUGGGAUCACAUCAUAACCGUUCAUACUGCGGUAGAUGUGGACUCACAUACAUUCUUAACAGUGCCCAAGAGUAAAAUUCAAUCAU